GCGCCUCAGCCCGCGCGCCUUCCCGCCUCCCUCCUCAAGGAGCCCGAUGGUUCUGAGGCGGAUCCCGUCAGACCGAUACCUCAGAGUUUCUGAGCGAACAACCGCUGAGAGGAGACCAUAACCUCUUGAUUUCAAAGAAGCCAUCAUCUCACGGGUGCCUCUGUGGUUAAUGGAAAGGUUGGCAUCUUUGUAGGAUGGCGGUGGAGUGGGAGGACACUGGCUCAAGCUGACUCACGUCGUGGUCCCCGAGCUUCUCGGAUCCAAAUGGCACGCCUCUUCAUCUACGGCACCUUGAAGAAAGGCCAGCCCAACUCCUCCGUUAUAACAGAUCCCGCCAACGGAAAGUCCGAAUUCUUGGGCAGGGGACGCACGGUCGAGAAAUACCCUCUGGUGAUUGCGGGUCAACACAACAUUCCCUUCCUGCUGCACGUCCCGGGAAAAGGGCACCGUGUUGCUGGAGAGAUGUACAGUGUCGACAACCAGAUGCUGCAAGUCCUUGAUGAAUUUGAACAAUGCCCAGACGUGUAUCAACGCACUCUCAUGAGAAUUGAAGUUUUAGAGUGGGAAGGGAAAAGCGAGGCACCUGAGGAGCAACCAGCUGUCAACAGCACCGUGGAAUGCUUUGUAUACAGCACGAGUACCUUCCAGCCGGAGUGGCUAAAUCUCCCUUUCUAUGACAGUUACAAUAACCAAGGGGAACAUGGCCUUCGUUAUAAUCCUCGUGAAAACAGAUGAGAAGUGGACAAGACAACACUCUGACUUAGGUGAUCACUAAAAGUCAUAUUAUGAAGUCAACCUCUUCUAUGAUCCUGAAAAGAAAUGCCUAGAAGACAUUUUUUAAACCAACAUAUUUACUUAUUCAAACUGUGUGGAAAUGUAACAUUACAUUCCCUUAUAGUAGCUGAUCUUGAUAAUACUAUUAAAAUACAUAAACAACAUCUCACUAAUCCAUGUUUUCGCUUUUCCUCCUCUGUGUGUGUGUGCGUACACACGCCCAUGCUGGUAUAAGAGAUAUCUUCAAUGUAUUGUCUUACAUAAAAUAUGCUGAGAAAAAUUAAUAAAGAUUUGAUUGACCUCAAACAAUAAAUGCCUUUGGCUAAAACGUCAUGAA